AUGUGCGGCUUAAACCGCAUCUCUGCAUCUAAACGUGGAGCCAGCCAAUCAGCCGCUGCCGUUCUGGUGAGGCGUUUAUCCAGUGUAGAUCCAUUCAGAAGGUCUUUGGCCGUUGGAGGCACGGGAGCUGUGUCUGGGAAUACAGAAUCCAGUUAUGACACUUAUUUUGCCUUUUUGACCUAUGAGACCGAUUCUGUAUGUGUUUGUGGUUUUAUCUGUGCUUUUCUUCUCAAGGAUGCACGGAAAGCAUGUGCGGAUGCCACCCUCUCUCAGAUCACAGCCAAUAUUGAGCCUGUGGGACGGAUUCAGAUGCGCACUAGACGGACACUGAGGGGACACUUGGCGAAGAUCUACGCCAUGCACUGGGGCACUGACUCAAGGCUUCUUGUAAGUGCUUCCCAGGAUGGAAAACUAAUUAUCUGGGACAGCUAUACUACAAACAAGGUGCACGCUAUUCCGCUGCGCUCCUCGUGGGUGAUGACUUGUGCAUAUGCACCGUCUGGAAACUAUGUGGCCUGUGGAGGCUUGGAUAACAUUUGCUCCAUCUACAACCUGAAGACCCGCGAGGGGAACGUGCGCGUCAGCCGUGAGCUGGCUGGACACACAGGUUAUCUGUCCUGCUGCCGCUUCGUGGAUGAUAACCAGAUUGUCACCAGCUCAGGCGACACCUCCUGUGCUCUGUGGGAUAUCGAGACGGGGCAGCAGACCACCACAUUCGCAGGUCACACCGGUGAUGUAAUGUCACUGUCUCUGGCCCCAGAUACACGUCUGUUCGUGUCGGGCGCCUGUGAUGCCUCUGCUAAGCUGUGGGACGUCAGAGAGGGCAUGUGCAGGCAAACUUUCACCGGCCACGAGUCCGACAUCAACGCCAUCUGUUUCUUCCCCAAUGGAAACGCUUUCGCCACGGGCUCGGACGACGCCACCUGCAGGCUGUUUGAUCUGCGUGCCGAUCAGGAGCUGAUGGUUUAUUCUCACGACAACAUCAUCUGUGGGAUCACCUCCGUGGCCUUUUCCAAAAGCGGACGCCUGCUGCUUGCCGGCUACGACGAUUUCAACUGCAACGUGUGGGAUGCUCUUAAAGCCGACCGUGCAGGAGUUUUGGCGGGUCACGAUAACCGCGUCAGCUGCUUGGGUGUAACUGACGACGGGAUGGCUGUGGCUACAGGCUCCUGGGAUAGUUUCCUUAAGAUCUGGAAUUAAAGCCGUAAGAUCGCAUCAUCCGGACUCUAAAGUUGACUGGAAGACCAUUCCAAAAUGAAAACGUUUUGAUUUUAUUCCCCUCUCUCCUUCUCAAACACAACAGAACUGACCCCAACAUCUAUAAACGACAAAAGAGCAAACAUUUCUUCUUUGGGGGAAAAAAAAAAAAGAGCACAAUUGUUACACUCAGCUAGAUUGUAGUUGGUAAGUGGAUAAAAGCUGAUAAUUGUGCAUCCUUCUGGGACCAUUUUCUGAUACUGUAUUGAGAGAACACGAGACACUCAUUCCACUGCUAUUGUCAUUAUGCUAACAUCUACAUGAAAACAGGAAUUUUUUUCUAAAAGAAACUAACUCGAUAGCUUUAUGGGCCUUUUUUGGACCUCUCCCCCAGUCAGGAUCGCAGGCGUGCUUUUGUCUCCUAGUUUUGAAAUGUUUCGGGAUCAAAUUUAUAGUUAGGAAUUAAAACAAGCGUGAUGUUCUCCAAGUCGUCAUGUCACAGAGCUUCUUUACAUCAGUAAACGGUAAAGGAUUUGAUCAGGGGACCACUAGCUGCUAUCAAGCCUGUAUAUUUAGUCCCAGGAAAUUUGAUUAUUAAUGUUCUUUUUUUUUUUUGUCUAGUUGUGAAUUUUUGUUUGCACAAGUAAUACAGUUUUGCAGAUACGCUAACUAACCAAGCACGUGCUGUUCAUGAUGACGAAUGCUUGAUUUACGAAGACGAAACCAUGUCAAUUUUAACCAUACUUCUCAUGCUUUUUUGGAAAAUGUAGAGUAAUUCAAUGAAGAUUAAACCAAUCAUUUUAAUAAUUUUAUUUUAUAUUUUUCUUAUCUUUGAUGUGGAGGAUGUUGAAGGAGGGGUGGGCAGUUCUUCAUUUUUUUUGGUUUCAGCAGAAGUGCCCGUUUUGUGCUUGGAAAACAGUUACUACUCUGUGAAUGACAUGUUGUAUAAAUCAAUGUUUUAAAAUAAUGAUAUUGAAAACUUUUUAAGUUUAAAAAAAAAAAAAAAAAAUCUUAUUUUGGUUGUCUGCCAUGGAUGGGAAACUCGUAGAAUCGCAUGCUGUAGAAUUGCUUAAAAGAGGUGCAUAUGGAACUAAAUCCUUGAUGUUUUUCUUUUCUUUUCUUUUUUAAAUAACCUGUUAAAUAGAACAUCACAGUAUUUAUUUUCUUUUUUUUCUUCUUUUGCUACUCUGUGCAUACACAAUUUAGUUUAACUUUCAAAGCUAUGCACUUAAGAGAAGCAAACAUGUUGAUCACAACAGCGAAUGGUGAGUUGUUCUGUCCCUGGAGAGUUUGUGAAUCCCACACACACACACACACACACACACACACUGACCCUGUACAAACACACACACACACUCAAAUAACUAGAACAAAGAAAUCUCUCUGUAGCAAAAGACACAUUUCAGAUACAAAGACAGUGCUAGAGACAUUUUGUAACAAACAGGUUUUUUUGUUCUUUAAUAAAAAAAGGAAGAAAAAAAUGAUGCAGCAUUUGAAUGGCAGAAAUUUCUGUUGUUCCCUCUUGACAUGUAUCAUGAAAAGCGCUCUUUCCUUAGCUGUAGUGGCAUUUCUUCCAUUCUGUUAUUUCUCUGCAACAUUCUGUACAAAAAAAAAAAAAAA